UAAGAGUGUAGUGUAGAGGGCUUGUGGCAAAAGGGUGUAAUUUCGCUUAAGAGUGUAUUAGCGGUUUUUCUAGCUUAUGGUUGGCAACCAUGAACACUUGCUCUUCGGGUUAUUUAUACUACGCCGGUACAGUGCGUGUAGUUAUUUUAUGGUAGUGCAGUGUAACGUUGGUGCUAUCUGGCAAUGUCUCCAUAGCUGUGUCAACUGCGAUGGACUGUGAAGCGGCAGCUGUGAAACGUGGUCGCCCACGGAAGUACGCCUCAGAAGAUGAAGCAAGGCAACACAAGAAUGCGGCACUGCGAGCAAAGAGGCAGGCGCUCGCUGCUGCUAAAACCACCACCAGCAUGUCUCCAAAGGAACGCCGUGCCAGUUUACAACGUGCACGACGACAUGCGGAUGAAGGACUAAGACAACGCGAGGCCAAAGCUAAACGUCGAAAGCGCCAACAGGAUAAAGCACUUCGACAGCAAGAGGCUGAAGCUAAACGACGGAAACGGAAAGAGCAGGCCGAAGCUCGCGUCAAAGUGGCUCAUCAAGCCGCAGCGAAUUGUUUCAGCAAGGCGUCUGUGCAGAAUCCGUGCGGCAGUUCACUUCACCAAACUGACUAUGAUGCUUUCGCAUUCCCACACGAUCUCUCGGAGCAGGUGGCAGAAGUGCCUCCUCUGUCAAACCCUGUGGCAGUCGCCUCACCUACAGCAAUCACCGUGAAACCAGAGCCGCCCUCAACGCCGCCACUACAAUUUCCAUUGGACAGCACACCACCACAGUCGCCAUUGAAAACCACAUCACUACCAUUGGCUUCGAACAGCAAGCCACCACCGCAGUCUACACUGAAAACCCUAGUUGACAACUUGGCUCUUCGGUGCCACUGGGAGGAUGCCAUCCGCGAGGAGCUCAGAUGCGUUGAGCAGGGAAUGGCAUCUGCUCGUGCUGCUCUGGAGGAACUCCAGAGUAAAAAGCAAGAGCUACUUGCAACAGAAGCACAAGUCAGGAACAGAAGGCUGGGCAUAUUGCAGCGCCUACAAGGAACAGCGUCCUCACGGCCAGAGGAUGGCCAAGUGGCCGAGGGUGCGGCACCUACAAAAAUACACCCACCACCCACUGGUGGGACAAGGCUUAUGUUUAACGUCUCACAGGUCCUGCCUGAUUGUGCCCCUUUGGGUGUGACUCAGCAGAUUGCUACUGGCAACUGCACAAGCAAGGUUGAAGUGAUCAAGCUUGAUUAGUCAUGACUCCAAGUUUUCAGGGCCCAUGGAGAGGAUGCUGGGAACUUCCAACUAUCUCAGACGCAAGCCAGUCUUCAAAAGCCUUUGAAAGACCAUGUCUGUACCUGAUGAAGCUUCCAGAACCAGUUUCAGUUAGCCAUGAUUUAAUGAUGUACAAGUCAUGGCUUUGUUUGCUGUGAUAGCACGAAGUCAUUAUUUCCUCAGUGUGUUUUCAAUACAAGGCCUUUGGAACACGAGCCAUUCAUGCUUUGGAAAACUUUUGUCCAUUACCUUUUGUUUGUGUCUUUGUAUGUCGUAGCAGAAAUAUUAAUUUUAUCUGGUACUGGUUAUAUAGUUUAUGCAUGUUUUUCUUUAACUUUCGAACAUACUUUUAAAAGUUACCUUUGGUAAAUAGGGGUGUUCCAUCACUUCACAUGGAUUAUUGAAUGAGAAUGACAACGACCUUAUUUGCAUGGUAACUUUCAGUGUCCUGGUAGCUUUUUAAAAAGUUGCACCAGUCGAGUAAUUAAUUAUUUACUUUAGGUCAGAUGUUACAGUCGCACAAAUAUGACUAGGGGUGAAGCCGCAAUUUCCUAGCAGAAAACUAACACCAGUUCCGAGAGAGAAUGUCCCCAAAAUCGUCUAAAAUUCUGAUUGGAGGACCACUUAGGCCAAGAGAAUGUAGUGGUUCUAUUUUAAUUCUGUUCCUUUGUGCACUUGGUCAGUGGUCCAUGCAGUACUUCGUUUACAUCAGCACGAUCAGCCAGUCAUGAGUGGCUGAUGGUGAGAAUCGAAUGUAAUUAAGGUAAAAUAAAGCUUUACAUUGUGCCUUAGUUUCACAACAGAGUGCACAAGAAAGGCUCUGGAACUAUUAACUGAAACAUCAGUAUAUUUCAUAGCUUAUAUCCGAAAGAGUUAUCUCAGAACUGGUGCUGGUCUCAGGAUUUUUGUCAAGCAGUAGGAAGAUUUCACUACUGCCUGGCCUCAAUUUUGCAAUUGCGGCAUAUGUUCUUAGCAAGCAAUUAAAAGGUAAAUUGACAUCACUUUGUUACCUAGCCAUCUGAACAUAACCCAUUCUGCAAGGUCCACUUCUUGAGCUAAUCCACCUAGAGAGGCUGAAUUGGAUAUAUGCCACCUGCAAUUUUUAAAGGAUCUGUUCAAGAAAAGAAAAAUGGGUAUACCUUGCAUGUUCUUCACUUAUUCACAUGUUUUUUGUACCAAGUGAACAAGGAUCUAUUAGACAAAGUGUCAGAAUGCCUGCAACUUUUAACGAGCUCGCAUUGCAAUUUAAUGUGCUGUCAGGCCUUUGAAGGGCUAUCACCUAUUGUUCAUUUCCUGAUACCAUUGUACUUGCUAUGUUUUCCUCUUGAUUAUGUUAACAGAUUUAUUUUGACUUGCUCACAUGUGCAAGACAUUUAUGUGUGAUGUUUCAUGUGAUGUCUUAUUUGUUAGUGUUUCUUUAGCUUGACCUUCGUUUUUGUUGUUGCUGGAUUUGUUUACUGUGUGAUCAUCAAGUCAUUUACAUCUUGUCAGAUGUUGCUAGGACCAAAAGGAAAGAACACUGUUUCAGCCACAAACAGAACGUAAUGUAAUCUAAUGGUUUGCCUUAUAAUGCAAACUGUUAUAAGUUUGAGGUGGCUCUGACUGGUCUUAGCUCUGUUUAGGGAAAGAAAAUGGCUGGACCUAUUGAGCUGAUUUGAUUAGGUUGUCUGACUGUUGAAACAUCCUUUCUUUUCUACUCUUGUGCUCAUUAAUUCAUAGAUUGGCUUGUUCUUAUUUACGGGCUAGUACUUGUAAGCUUUUAAAUGUUGGUUGUUCUUAUUUAUUUAUUUAUUCACUUAUUUAUUGUUUUUUGUUACAUUCAUCAGUUUCUUUUUUGUUUGACGAGCAAUUUUUGUUGUUGUCAUGACAUGGCAUGCAGCAAGAUCUCCACAAUGAAACAAACGUGCAUGUAGCUGAAAAAUAAAUGUUACAGAAAGCACGAAUGCCAUUUUAAGGUUGUGAUUAAUGAAGAAUGUGUUCUUUAUA